AUGACGACUCCCGAGCGCCAGAACAUUGCCUGGGCAGGUGCCCGAACCCAUAUCGAUGCGCAAGGCGUGAAGACCGUUGUUUACCUUUGUGAUAAUUUGAUACCGCUCCGCGUCGAUCCCGCCGAUGUCCCCUUCGAUACGAGCUCUCCCUCGCCAGUAUGUCAAGUACAUACGCCUACGAAGCGACAAGCCGUCGCUUUCGGCGUCGAGGCUGCUGGCGAGGGAGUAGCAUCGUCCAGCGAAAGUGAAGAUGACGACGACGACAAGGAGAAUGCGCCGCCGCCAGCAAAGAAGAAGCGAGUCGCCACCGCGUUGCUGGUCAAGAAGAAGGUGAAGAAGGCCAAGAAGGAGAAGAAGACCGAAGACGACGACGUGGAGAUGGACGACGCUCGCGCCGACGCCUACGAUUUGUGA